UGUUCCAAGUGCAGAGUUGAUAAAGGCAGCCGAAGUGAAGUCGUGUCCUCCAUUUUAGAACCCACAUAUGAUCCAACAAGUUAAUAUCUACAUCUUCUUUGGUUUUUAACCCAACUUUAUUGGUUACUUUCGAUUUAGGGUCAAAUAAACAAGAAAGCAUGGCUAGUCCAAAUAGGAUUCUUAUCAAAGGUGGAAAAAUUGUGAACGAAGAUGCCACUCAACUAGGUGAUGUGUACAUUGAAGACGGAAAGAUUGUGGCGGUCGGAUUAAAUCUGCAUUUACCCGGUGGAGUGCGGGUCAUUGAUGCCCGGGACAAAUUGGUGUUGCCAGGAGGCAUAGACACGCACACUCACAUGGAGUUGGCAUUUAUGGGCACUAAAGCCGUGGAUGACUUUCACAUUGGAACAAAGGCUGCUGUUGCCGGGGGGACCACCAUGAUCCUGGACUUUGUGAUCCCCCAGAAGGGAGCAUCUCUCCUGGAGGCCUACGAGAAGUGGAGAAGCACGGCCGACCCCAAAGUGUGCUGCGACUACUCCCUCCAUGUGGCCGUCACCUGGUGGGACGAGUCGGUCAAGAGAGAAAUGGAAACACUUGUUCGUGAGAAAGGUGUCAACUCCUUCAAAAUGUUCAUGGCCUAUAAGGGAGUGUUCAUGCUGCAGGACGACGAGCUGUACUCCGCGUUCUCCCAGUGCAAGGAGAUCGGUGCCAUAGCCCAGGUUCACGCAGAGAAUGGAGAUUUGAUCGCUGAGGGUGCCAAGAAGAUGCUGGCCCUGGGCAUCACAGGGCCGGAGGGCCACGAGCUGUGCCGGCCUGAGGAAGUGGAGGCGGAGGCCACACAGAGGGCCAUCACCAUCGCCCACACCGUCAACUGCCCACUCUACGUGGUCCACGUCAUGAGCAAGUCUGCUGCCAAGGUGGUGGCUAGUGCCCGCCGGAACGGGCGUGUGGUGUUCGGGGAACCCAUCGCGGCGGGUCUGGGCACAGAUGGUACCCACUACUGGAAUCAGGACUGGUCCCAUGCAGCUGGCUUUGUGAUGGGCCCCCCCCUCAGACCGGACCCCAGCACCCCGGGAUACCUGAUGGACCUGCUGGCUAAUGAUGAUUUGAGUGUCACCGGCACAGACAACUGCACGUUCUCCAUCUGCCAGAAGGCCCUUGGGAAGGACAACUUCACCCAAAUCCCCAACGGAGUGAACGGCGUGGAGGACAGGAUGUCCGUCAUCUGGGAGAAAGGAGUGCAUAGCGGGAAAAUGGAUGAAAAUCGAUUCGUGGCUGUAACCAGUUGCAACGCUGCAAAAAUCUUCAACCUUUACCCCCAAAAAGGGCGGAUCGCCCCGGGCUCAGACGCAGACCUGGUCAUAUGGGACCCAAAGGCCACCAGGACUAUUUCGGCCAAGACUCACCACCAGGCCGUGGACUACAACAUCUUUGAGGGCAUGGUGUGUCAUGGUGUCACCGUGGUGACCAUCUCCAGGGGGAGGGUGGUGUAUGAGAACGGGAAGGUGCUGGCCAGUCCAGGAGAGGGCCGCUUCAUCCCCCGAAAACCCUUCGCCGAGUUUGUGUACAAGAGGGUGACACAGAGAGAGGAGGUGGGAACACCUUGUGCCGUGAGCAGGAAGCCCUACGAUGGAGAAGUCAUAUCUUUGGCACACAAUGGCAAUCCCUGAGGAGGAAACGCACAGGUGAAGUCAAAAGGAUUGAGAUGGCAACCGCGAAGAAAAGAACAGAUCGCUGCACAGACCAAAAGAGCCACACAUGUAUUCUUCAAAGCUGACUGAAUAGAUUGUAUAAAACAGUAAUACGACCUACCUUCAUAAGCAAAAUGUACAGUAUAUAUCCAUUAAAGUGCUGUGUAAAAAUGAAAGUAAUUAUU